CAAGCAUCUUAAACGCCGGUGACGAUCAGUCUUACCAGGGUUAUUCACAUAAGUCGGUUAGAACAAGCACUGAGGCUCUGACGCAAGCAAACCAACCAAUAUGUCUUUCUUGGACUAUCCAGCCGAAACUUUGCAACUUACCAAUAGGAUCAAAAUUCCCUUAACAGGCACCCAAGAGACCUUAAUGGGACCGUUGAUAGCUAGAGCAAGGGAUGCACGAAUGCCUCAGCCUAUUCUAAACGAUAUAUAUGCAGCUCAGAUACUAGAUUGGAUCGACCAUGACAUCGAGAAGUUCCAUGUCGACGACACCCAAGCUACUAUGCAUGCACUCCGUGCCUCAUGUAUAGAUAGAUGGGUUAUCGAGUUUUUAACGAACAACCCAGAAUGUACGGUCGUCCAUCUAGCCUGCGGACUCGAUAGCCGAUGGCAGCGCAUCCAACCGGAUCUGACCAGGGUUCGUUGGAUCGACUUAGAUCUCCCCGACGUCAUCGAAAUACGUAAUAAGCUCAUUCCCAACCCUGAAGGCAACUACAUGCUGGUCGCCGCAGAUGCCACCGAGGAGUCAUGGCUUCAACAGAUCCCCGCAGAUCGACCCACCGUUAUCGUCGGUCAGGGGCUGAUGAUGUAUUUGCAAGAAGAGGCAGGCAAACGUUUGAUCCAGCGAGUUGUCGAGCAUUUCAACUCCGGCCAGCUUAUCAUUGAUUGCGUCGGCACCAUCAUGCUUUCCCUACAACAUCGCAUCGAAACCCUCACAGCCACGGGGUCGAGCUUCCAAUGGGGCGUUGACGAACCGAAAACGUUAGAAAAUCUUCACCCGAAGUUGACGAUGCUGGAGUGUUUAGGUCCGGCUGAGCUUGGUGGCUUCUCGCAAAUGCCCCUUGGCACGCGCAUAAUGCUGUCGACUUAUUCGUACCUACCUUGGUUCCGGUAUCUCAGCUCCUACGUACGGUUCGCUUUCUAAAUCUUUGAGCUACUUUGGACGACAUGACAUGGGUUAGGAAUUUAGUCAUUUUUUUGCUAUAUAUGAGAUAUGAUAAUGGA